AGAAAAUGCCGGUGAGCCGGAUCGCGGUGGGCGCCCCCGGCGAGCUGUCCCACCCGGACACCGCCAAGGCCGCCGUCGCCGAGUUCAUCUCCAUGCUCAUCUUCGUCUUCGCCGGCUCAGGAUCCGGCAUGGCCUUCAGCAAGCUGACGGACGGCGGCGCGACCACGCCCGCGGGCCUCAUCUCCGCCUCCCUCGCGCACGCCCUGGCCCUCUUCGUCGCCGUCGCGGUCGGCGCCAACAUCUCCGGCGGCCACGUCAACCCGGCCGUCACCUUCGGCGCCUUCGUGGGCGGCAACAUCAGCCUGCUCAAGGCCGUCGUCUACUGGGUGGCGCAGCUGCUCGGCUCCGUCGUCGCCUGCCUCCUGCUCAAGAUCGCCACCGGCGGCGAGGCAGUGGGAGCCUUCUCGCUGUCGGCCGGCGUGGGCGCCUGGAACGCGGUGGUCUUCGAGAUCGUCAUGACCUUCGGCCUCGUCUACACGGUGUACGCCACGGCGGUGGACCCCAAGAAGGGCGACCUCGGGGUCAUCGCGCCCAUCGCCAUCGGCUUCAUCGUUGGCGCCAACAUCCUGGCCGGCGGUGCCUUCGACGGCGCGUCCAUGAACCCCGCCGUCUCCUUCGGCCCGGCCGUCGUCACCGGAGUGUGGGACAACCACUGGGUGUACUGGCUCGGCCCCUUCAUCGGCGCCGCCAUCGCCGCGCUCGUCUACGACAUCAUCUUCAUCGGCCAGCGCCCGCACGAUCAGCUGCCCACCACCGACUACUGAUCUCGAUAUAUCUCUCAUCCACCAUCAUCAUAUAUAUCCAACUCAAUUUCUAUCCAUCAUAUCGCUCAAUCGAUCUGCUGCUUCGUCGAGCCGAUCGCGCGUCUCAAUAAUCGAUCAUCUCAUCCAUGUCUGUACACAAACAAAUUAUAUAUUAUCGAGUUCAUGCUCCUCUCAGUACGUACGUACGUAUAGUGUCAACACAUAUCUGUGUGAGGUCUCCAAUUCUCAAUUGCAAGUGUGAGGUCCAAAUUAACGCCGCUCGCUCUAUUCAAUAUGUAUUGAUUCCUCAAUCUUGUCGUUGUUUGAGUUUGGUGAAAAGGCACUUAUCUGCUGCUUUUGCACGAUAACUCUCCAUGAUUGAAAAGUUUACGCACUCCACUGUGAUGUGUUUAGUUUGUGGACUCGUAGGA